AUCACCCAUCGCACAUGACCAUCAUCCGUCGAUGAUGGGCAUGAGGAUGAGGAUAUUCUGUUAGUAUUCUUUGUCUUCCGUUACCGCUUCGUGGUCUUUCAGCCUUGUCUCUGACAAUCGUCGAAUUUGAAGUGAGAAUGAACUUUUACAUAGUCGCGCUUUUUUGCGGUUUCAGUUGGGUGGUCUGCGGUGGCUCUUUACCCCGAGAACAUUAUCCAGAAGAAACUCUUUUUAACCAAAACCUUUACAAAAAAUUUCGGCCAGUAAGCACGACAGACUCCAGUGCAUCACUAACCAUCAAGAAGCCUUACAAAGCAUUCAACACAAUCGAAAAACCCUUCCACAUCUACAGGAAUACCAUAAUCAGAGGUCCACCGAAAGACGUCGACGAUGCCAUCAGCAACUUAGUGACUGAAAAUGUGGUAGAAUCCAAACCUUUGGUCAUAAGGAAGAAUGCUAGUAAUCCUCAACAUCAUUUCAUUAAACAACCGGAAAAGGCCAAUGUCGUGGACUGGUUUUUGGGGUUGGUAGGGAUAAGGCAACCUGAUCCGAAUGCAGCACCUGUGGAGCCUACGAAGAUAUGUCCAAGUUGUACUUGUGGCAAAACGUUUAAGAACGUGCGGAUAGUGGGUGGAAUAGAAACAAUGGUGAAUGAGUAUCCGUGGAUGACUGCACUUUUGUAUAACAACAGAUUUUACUGCGGGGCGUCCCUCAUAAACAACAAAUAUUGCCUGACAGCUGCACAUUGCGUUAACGGAUUUACCAAAGAAAAAAUAACCGCCGUAUUCCUGGACCACGAUCGAUCCAGUUCUUUUGAAACCAACACAAUAUCUCGAAAAGUUAUGAACAUUUUCCGACAUCGAGGAUACAGCACAGGUGGGACGUAUAACAACGAUAUCGCCCUAAUAGAACUAGACCAAGAAGUACCUCUUACAGGGAUGUUGCGACCUGUGUGUUUGCCUCCAACGGGAAAAAGUUUUACUGGGUUACAAGGAAUAGCGACUGGCUGGGGAGCUACCAAACAGAACGGACAAACUUCCAACAAGCUGAGAGAAGUCAAAGUGCCCAUCAUGUCGAACAUCGAUUGCAGAAAAACGGGAUACGGAAACAAGAUAACGGAUAACAUGCUGUGUGCCGGUUAUCAGGGAGGAUUAAAGGAUUCUUGUCAGGGUGAUAGUGGGGGUCCACUACAUACCAAGAACGGAUCUUUCCACCAAAUUGUGGGGGUUGUUUCUUGGGGCGAGGGCUGUGCAAAACCAAACUACCCAGGAGUGUAUACCAGAGUCAACAGAUACAUUUCUUGGAUCAAAAGCAACACAAAAGACGCUUGUUACUGUAACAGCUAAUUCUAAUUUAUUUUAUUUAUAUUUAAUAUAAUUUAUUCUACAA